AUGAUGAUUCGGGUGUUGGGUUUAGCGGUGCUGGUUAAUAUUGCCUAUUGUGGACAUGAUAUUAAUCCGGAUUUUAUGAACUUUUUGAAGACUCAUCUUAGCGCUGCUGAAGUUCGAGGUAAGAUUUACUGGAAUUUGUAGAUGAGCGUCCUUGACUAGGCUCGGCUACUUCAAAAUCACGCUCUCUAGGCUUGGCUACUUGACAACUAGGCUCUCUAGUCUCGGCUACUUCUAAAUUAAGCUCUCUAGUCUCGGCUACUUCAAAAGCAGGCUCUAUAGGCUUCGCUACUUGACAGCUAGACUCUCUAGGCUCGUCUACUUGACCGCUAGGCUCUCUAGUCUCGGCUACUUCGAAACUAGGCUCUCUAGCCUCGACUACUUGACAACUAGGCUCUCUAUGUAGGCUCGGCUACUUUGAAACUAAGCUCUCUAGUCCCGGCUACUUGAUAGCUAGGCUCUCUAGUCUCGACUACUUCAAAAGCAGCCUCUAUAGGCUUGGCUACUUGACAACUAGGCUCUAUAGGCUUGGUUACUUGACAGCUAGGCUUUCUAGUCCCGGCUACUUGGCAGCUAGGCUCUAUAUAGUCUCGACUACUUCAGAAUUAGGCUCUAUGGGCUCGGCUACUUGACAACUAGGCUCUCUAGUCUCGGCUACUUCAAAACCAGGCUCUCUAGGCUCGGCUACUUGACAGCUAGGCUCUCUAGUCUCGGCUACUUCAAAAUCAGAUUUUUUUUCCUGAAACAUCUCGCUGAACUUGUGGAAGAUCUCUGAUAUUUUUCAAGUCUACAAUGAUCUGAUGCGUGAAAAUACAAGCUUAAAAAUCGAAAGCCUAAGCCUCUUUGUCAUUUUGAACAUUUGAUCUUUUCCAAAAAAAUGCGAAAAAAAAUUUCUGAAAAAGCCAAAAGUUUGAUCUUUGAAAAAUCAAACACAUAUUUAAUACUUCCAAAGACUUCUUCUGAAAACCGGUUUGAUAGUGUAUCUUGUAUUAUCGAAAAUCCCAUCGGUACUCCACGCGCUCCACCGAAAUAAACACGCAACGCAGACCGCGUCGCGCCACAACACACACGAACGAUUCAAAUUCCCUCCCUUUAUGUGUGUGUUGUGGCGCGACGCGGUCUGCGUUGCGUGUUUAUUUCGGUGGAGCGCGUUUUCAAAUUCGACAAACAUUUUUUUUUUCCUGGAAAAUGUCCAAAAUAUUAUCAAAAACUUAUCUGUGAUAAACUGUGUAAUAAAAUCCGUGUUGUUUUCCUCCACGCUUAUCAAAACUUCAAAUUUCAGCCACCCUCUAUUAAUCUUCUUUUAAGAUAACACAACACAUUCUCUUAUAGUGUUUUUUGAGGCUUAUCAAUCAUGUUUGAUCAUGAUAUUUCUAGCUUUAUCCCCAACCAAAUAAAAAAGUUUUUGUCUUCUUCCAGGAAUCGUUCGCGAUGAAUUGACAACUGGAAGUUUUGGAGGAGGAAAAUACAACGGAAAGUGAGUAAAAAUAUGAUAAGAUUAGAUAAACCCUCUAUUUUUCUCACAGUGUUCGCCCAGUUAUAUUAGUUCACGGUCUUAACAAUCAAGCCGGAAGCUUGUGGAGUAUCAGAAAAACAUUCAUUGAAAACGGUUUUCCUUCGCAAAGAAUAUUUGCGACAACUUGGGGAAGAGGCGUUGAACAAAUGAAUUUGAAUGUGAAAUUGGAGUGUGAAUAUGUGAACAGAAUUCGAAAAUUCAUCCAAAUCGUCAGAUGGUACACAAGAGCUGAGCAAGUUGAUAUAAUUGGUUAUUCUAUGGGUUCUCCUUUGGUCAGAAAAGCUAUUCUUGGUGGGAAAUGUGUGGAUAACCAGGCUUUCGAGUUAGGAAAACCGAUCACUAGUCAAAUCCGAACAUUUGUCUCGGUUGCUGGCGCGAAUCAAGGUUCUCACCUCUGUCUCUUCCCAUUCUAUGAUAUUUGCAAUCCGAUCAAUGGGCUCAAUUGUGUUUCGAAAUUCUUGCAAGAUAUAAAUUCGAAGGAAAAAUAUGAGGCGUCUUAUAAAUCGUAUAACAUCGCAUCGACGAAUGAUAUGGUUGUGGGAUAUUGGGCGUGUGGGAAACAGGCGUCGAGUUUUGCGGGAGCGAAAGAGUGGAAGGUGGAGAAUUUGAAUCAUGAGCAAACGGAAUAUGAUACUGGAAAGAUUCAAUUGAAUUUGAUUAGACAGGGUGGACCUUUGGCUACGAGAAGAAGACGACGAUCUCACGUAAAGAAGCAUUAA